UCUCUUCCUCCUCCUCUAGACCUCUAUCCAUCAAUGGAUCAGAUCCACAAUAGCACACCUAAUGCCAUCCGUAGCCAGAACUCGGUCAGCGUGAUCAUCCACAACCCCGGCCCAAAUCAAGACUUCGACACUCAAGCACGCUUUGAUGAGCCCGCCUUCGCCGACCAAUCCCAAUCCGUCAUGCAGCCGCAACACCAACAAUCGCACCUACCCAUAGAAGGUAUUCGUCGACGAACCAAGUCAACACCCGCGCCAAGGCCACAUGCGAUUUUGGAUAUAGAUAUGGAUAUGGAUCUUCCCCCUCCUCCUCCUCGUGGAUCCUUUAUGAGGGAACUCGGUACUGCAGAGAGCUCGCCAGCUACAGGUUACACUCCACUACGAGUAAUCAAUGGACCAGAGCCAGAGACGGAUACAGGCACAAUUGGAGGAGAU